AUCCAAGUGUUAAUCGUAUAAAACGUUGCUAUUGCUUAAAGUUUAGAGCGUUUGAGUCAGUUUCGCGCCUUCUCCAGACCGGAUGGCGGCAGUACGUGAUGCUGCUUCGUGUUUAUUAAGCCGGGGAAGAAGGACGCGGGCAAUUCACUAGCGCAGUAUUUGUUUAGGUGACUGAUGUCACAGUCAGGGCAGCCCGGCGCGAUGCCCUCGGCCCCGGACUCCCCGUCUCUGAGCGUCACCGUCAGCGGGAACGUGCAGAAAUACAGCAUCAAGAAGAAGAAGGUCCUGAAUGCGGAGGAGACUGAGCUGUUCGAGCUCACUCAGGCUGCUGGGAUAGUCAUUGAUCAGGAGGUUUUCAAGAUCAUAGUGGACCUGUUAAAGAUGAACGUGGCUCCUCUGGCAGUCUUUCAGACCCUAAAGGCCAUGUGUGCGGGGCAGAAGGUCUCUGAAACAUCCACCGGUGACGCUUCCACAGCGUCCCACACCACCACCGCGCCUUCAGAGUCUAGAGAAGAGGAGGGUGUGGUCUCAGGAAAGAGCACUAAAACUGCAGCCCCUCCCUCUGCAUCGGUGCCCCGCCCACCUAGAGGAGGGGCUAAGAUAGUGGUCUACAGUGCGGGUGACACGAGCGCUCCUGUCUCUCAAGUACGCAGUAAAACGAGUUCAGGGCAAGGGGAGAAAUCGGCAAGAGAUGGUUCUAGCCAGCGAGUGCCACGACAGGUCAGCGCCACCAGAGGUCAGAAGAGCGCAAAGAGCUCAGGAAGCAGCAGCUCGUCUUCUCAGCUCACCUCCAACUGAAGUUCUUCAUAAAUUACACAACGCAAACCAAACUUUCCCGCUGAUGAACGUUCCCGUAGAGUUUGAAAAACCCUUUUCACUCUAAACAAAAAUAACAAAGCUAUUUUAGGGCUCUCUGUAGAAGAUUUCUUUAGUGCUGAAGACCUCUUUGCAUCAAAUUUGCAUCUCACACCAGAGAGACUAUAGCUGAAGCAUGCCAUAUUUUCCACGGUUUAGUUUACACAUUCACACCAAAACCAUUUGAGAAAAACACAGAUAAUCUUUUGCUAUCUUUAAACCAUCCACUUCUACAGCUCAGCGGCUCUGGGCCGCUGGGAAGUACGUCUCGUUUUAAACCGUAAUAAACUCAAAAUUGUCUUGGUAA